CGUCACCGUACCGAUGUGUAAAUGACAUCCAAUCCAUCCAUAAGGUAAGCACUCUUGUGUUUUCGAUGGAGCCGAAAAAUUAGUCUAAGAAAAUAAUCAGGUGGUCCAUACCAAGUAAAAUAAUGACCAUAACCUCUAAAAACAGAGAGUCAAUUCCUUUGAUCUCUUCGCUCUAUAUGAGAUGAUCAGAAAGCUUCCAUUUUCAAUACACGUUCAUCUACUUUAAUUUCUCAGCCAACCCCAGGCAUGGAUUUUCUCUCCUCUUUACUCUCCUCUCUUCUCAUCUUAGCAGCAACAGCGAUCCUCCUUCUCUUCAUCUCCUUCUCCAUUUUCUUAUUCAGAAUCUACACAGGAAAAUCAAUCAACAGCUCUCUCUACCCACCUGUAAUCGGAACCGUCUAUCACCAGUUUUUCUAUUUCAACAGGCUCUAUGAUCAGAAAACCGACGUCCUCCGUCAGCACCGGACGUUCCGUCUCCUUGGCUUAUCUCACAGCGCGGUGCACACGGCAGACCCGCGGAACGUUGAACAUAUCCUCAAGAGCUCCUUCGAAGAUUACUGCAAGGGCGAAUAUGACUGCACCAUCGUUAAGGACCUCUUCGGUGAUGGUAUCUUUGCCGUUGAUGGCGAUAAAUGGCGCCAGCAGCGUAAGCUCGCUAGCUUUGAGUUCUCUACCAGAGUCUUGAGGGAUUUCAGCUGCGGCGUGUUCCGGAAAAAUGCCGCGAAAUUGGCAGGAAUCGUCUCCGAGUUCGUGGCCACCAAACAGGCCUUUGAUGUCCAAGAUUUGUUAAUGAAAUGCACGAUGGAUUCAAUAUUCAAAGUCGGAUUCGGCAUGGAUUUGAAUUGCUCGGGGGGAACGAACAAGGCCGGGAAUGAAUUCAGCACGGCAUUUGAUGAAUCGAGUGCGUUGGUCUAUUGGCGUUAUGUUGAUUUCUUGUGGAAGAUCAAACGAUUCCUCAACCUUGGAUCAGAAGCCGUUCUUCGGAAGAACAUCAAGGCAAUCGAUGCUUUUGUGUAUGGAGUAAUUCGUAACAAAAGAGAGCAGCUGUCUUAUCAAGGCGAUUAUAGUGACAAGGAAGACAUACUUUCAAGGUUUCUUGUGGAAGGCAAGAAGGAUCCGAGCAAGAUGACAGACCGCUAUCUGAGAGAUAUAAUACUGAAUUUCAUAAUCGCCGGUAAAGACACGACUGCAAACACGCUUUCAUGGUUCUUUUACAUGAUGUGCAAGAAUCCUCUAAUACAGGAGAAGAUCUCACAACAAGUGAGGGAAAUCAUCGACUACGAUGAUAAAGGAAAUGUGGAAGAUUUUGUAGGAAAGAUAACAGAUUCAACACUGGACAAGAUGCAGUAUCUCCAUGCGGCGCUGACGGAGACUUUGAGACUGUAUCCUGCUGUUCCUGUGGAUGGGAGAUGUUCAGAAAGAGAUGAUGUCCUUCCAGAUGGUUACAGAGUGAAGAAGGGAGAUGGAGUGUACUAUGUGGCUUAUGCCAUGGGAAGGAUGACAUACAUAUGGGGGGAUGAUGCUGAGGAUUUCAGACCCGAGAGAUGGCUCCACGACGGCCUUUUCCAACCCGAUUCACCUUUCAGAUUCGUAUCCUUUCAUGCGGGUCCACGGAUAUGCUUGGGAAAGGAGUUUGCAUAUAGACAGAUGAAGAUAGUGGCGAUGGUUCUCCUUCGUUUCUUUAGAUUCCAGUUGGAGGAUGAGAAGAAGCAAGUUACGUACAAAACCAUGUUCACACUCCAUAUUAAGGAAGGUCUCAAUCUUCGUGUAUUUUCUAGGAUGGGGUCCACGUAUUAAAUGCAAGUAACCUGUAUGUAGUGGUUACUUGGCAUUUAAACAC